AUUUUUAUGACCCAAGAUGCACCCACCUCCAACCAUCUUCCUCUCUUUGCUACGUCUAUCUUUUACAUGAAGGAAAAGAACAAUGGAGAAUGAAGAAUCAUCGUCAAGUAGACCAUCAAUAGGGUUUCCUCUGGGUUUAGCCCUUCUUUUGAUCUUAUUAUUCUGCAUAAGUGCUGUCCUUCUUUGUUACCUAAACUGGCAGAAGCUUCGUGCCCUUAUCCUCCGAUCGUCUGAUCAAGAUCAGGACGAUAUCGAAUCGGAUAUCGGUCGUUCACCGGACCUCGAAGUUUCAUCUCCUGUCAUGAAGCCAAAAGGUAAAAUUGUAGGGCACAGUAUGCCGGUUUUGAUGCCAGGAGAUAAGGUACCAAGGUUCAUGGCAAUGGCUUCUCCAUGUGAGCCACCAAGAACGGAGACGAUAACCAUAACGGUACCAAAACCUCCGGCUCUUUCGGUGCCGUUUUAUUACUCGUGAUCGUUAAAACUAUCUACUCGUGUCAGGUAUUACUGGUAAUUGGUCAUUAAAUUGCAUCUUUACUAUACAUUUGAUGACGAAAAUUUUUCUGCUGAUAGAUUGCAUAUUAGACGCUGUAUAUAAUUCACGACAGAGCAAUGUUCCAAACAAAGAAUAUAUCUAUAUGUAAUUUUUUUUUCUCAAGAAAUUGUUUAUUGUAAAAUCUGAUCAUCAA